UGGGAGAGGGGAGGCAGCUUGUCCUCCCGCGAGCCUGCAAGGAUGCGGCAGGGGACUGAGACCAUGGGGAGGUGCUAACUUCCUCUCCAACCCCCCCAGCCGGGGAUCCGGGCUGGCAUACCCGGCCCCCCGGGCUAGUUUCCUGCCAAGCGCAUCCAAGAAGCCAAAGGCGCUUUGGAAAGCAUAAAAAGAAAAAAGAAAAAAAAGGGGGUGUUGGAGAGGGGUGCUGAUCACCAGAGCCGGUCCCUCCGCACACCAGCGAAGAAAGGAAGAAGGGGAUCAGAGACAGGAGAGGAGACGCGAGAACUCCAGUCUGCGGACUGGCUCGGGAGCCUCCCUGGAGACCUGGGCGCUCUGCGCCAUCGUCUUCAAUGCCACUCUGAGGAGCCUUUAGCAAGAGUGUGAGAGAAAGAGAGGAGAGCGCGCACCAGGGAGAGGAGCAAAGAAGAUGAGGAUUAUUUGCAGGCAGAUUGUCUUGUUGUUUUCUGGAUUUUGGGGACUCGCCAUGGGAGCCUUUCCAAGCAGCGUCCAAAUAGGUGGUCUCUUCAUCCGAAACACAGACCAGGAAUACACUGCUUUUAGAUUGGCAAUCUUUCUUCAUAACACCAGCCCCAAUGCCUCCGAAGCUCCUUUCAAUUUGGUACCUCAUGUGGACAACAUUGAGACAGCCAACAGUUUUGCUGUGACAAACGCCUUCUGUUCCCAGUAUUCUAGAGGAGUGUUUGCCAUUUUUGGACUCUAUGACAAGAGGUCAGUGCACACCUUGACCUCAUUCUGCAGUGCCCUACACAUCUCCCUCAUCACGCCCAGCUUCCCCACUGAAGGGGAGAGCCAGUUCGUGCUACAGCUAAGGCCUUCAUUGAGAGGUGCACUCCUGAGCCUGCUGGACCACUAUGAAUGGAACUGUUUUGUCUUCCUGUAUGAUACAGACAGGGGAUAUUCAAUACUUCAAGCUAUUAUGGAAAAAGCAGGACAGAAUGGAUGGCAUGUCAGUGCGAUAUGUGUGGAAAAUUUUAACGAUGUCAGCUACAGGCAACUGCUAGAAGAGCUUGACAGAAGACAAGAGAAGAAGUUUGUAAUAGAUUGUGAGAUAGAGAGGCUUCAGAACAUUUUAGAACAAAUUGUGAGUGUUGGGAAGCAUGUCAAAGGCUACCAUUAUAUCAUCGCAAAUUUGGGUUUCAAGGAUAUUUCUCUUGAGAGAUUUAUACACGGUGGAGCAAAUGUCACUGGAUUCCAGUUGGUAGAUUUUAAUACACCCAUGGUAACCAAACUAAUGGAUCGCUGGAAAAAACUAGAUCAGAGAGAAUAUCCAGGAUCUGAAACACCUCCAAAGUACACCUCUGCUCUGACUUACGAUGGCGUUCUGGUGAUGGCUGAAACUUUCCGAAGUCUCAGGAGACAGAAAAUUGAUAUUUCAAGGAGAGGAAAUGCUGGGGAUUGUCUGGCAAACCCUGCUGCUCCCUGGGGCCAGGGAAUUGACAUGGAGAGAACACUGAAACAGGUUCGAAUUCAAGGGCUGACUGGGAAUGUUCAGUUUGACCACUAUGGACGUAGAGUUAAUUACACAAUGGAUGUAUUUGAACUAAAAAGCACAGGACCUCGAAAGGUUGGCUACUGGAAUGAUAUGGAUAAAUUAGUCUUGAUUCAAGACAUACCCACUCUCGGCAAUGACACAGCAGCUAUUGAGAACAGAACAGUUGUUGUAACCACAAUUAUGGAAUCCCCCUAUGUUAUGUACAAGAAAAAUCACGAAAUGUUUGAAGGAAAUGACAAGUACGAAGGCUACUGUGUAGAUUUGGCAUCUGAAAUUGCAAAACAUAUUGGUAUCAAGUAUAAAAUUGCCAUUGUCCCUGAUGGAAAAUAUGGAGCAAGGGAUGCAGACACUAAAAUCUGGAAUGGGAUGGUAGGAGAGCUUGUGUAUGGGAAAGCAGAGAUUGCUAUCGCACCUCUGACAAUCACUUUGGUACGCGAGGAGGUCAUCGACUUCUCUAAGCCUUUCAUGAGUUUAGGCAUCUCUAUCAUGAUCAAAAAGCCUCAGAAAUCUAAACCAGGAGUGUUCUCCUUCUUGGACCCUCUGGCCUAUGAGAUCUGGAUGUGUAUAGUGUUUGCAUACAUUGGUGUCAGUGUGGUCUUGUUCCUAGUCAGUAGGUUUAGUCCAUAUGAGUGGCACACUGAAGAGCCCGAGGAUGGAAAGGAAGGUCCCAGCGACCAGCCUCCCAAUGAGUUCGGCAUCUUUAACAGCCUCUGGUUUUCCCUGGGUGCCUUUAUGCAACAAGGAUGUGACAUUUCACCCAGAUCCCUGUCAGGUCGAAUUGUUGGAGGUGUCUGGUGGUUCUUCACGCUCAUUAUUAUAUCAUCUUACACUGCUAAUCUGGCUGCUUUCCUGACUGUGGAGAGAAUGGUCUCCCCCAUAGAAAGUGCAGAAGACCUGGCCAAACAAACAGAAAUUGCAUACGGAACACUGGACUCUGGGUCAACAAAAGAAUUCUUCCGAAGAUCAAAAAUAGCAGUGUAUGAAAAGAUGUGGACCUACAUGCGAUCGGCAGAGCCAUCUGUGUUCACUAGGACUACAGCGGAGGGCGUGGCUCGUGUUCGCAAGUCCAAGGGCAAAUUUGCCUUCCUCCUGGAGUCCACGAUGAACGAAUACAUUGAGCAGCGAAAGCCCUGUGACACAAUGAAAGUGGGAGGAAACCUGGAUUCCAAAGGCUAUGGUGUAGCAACGCCCAAGGGUUCCUCAUUAAGAACUCCUGUAAACCUUGCCGUUUUGAAACUCAGUGAGGCAGGCGUCUUAGACAAGCUGAAAAACAAAUGGUGGUACGAUAAAGGUGAAUGUGGACCCAAGGACUCGGGAAGCAAGGACAAGACGAGUGCCUUGAGCCUGAGCAAUGUAGCCGGCGUCUUCUACAUUCUGGUUGGCGGCUUGGGCUUGGCGAUGCUGGUGGCUUUGAUAGAGUUCUGUUACAAGUCCAGGGCAGAGGCGAAGAGAAUGAAGCUGACUUUUUCUGAAGCCAUAAGAAACAAAGCCAGGUUAUCCAUCACUGGGAGUGUGGGAGAAAACGGCCGUGUGCUGACCCCCGACUGCCCCAAGGCCGUACACACAGGAACUGCAAUUAGACAAAGUUCGGGAUUGGCUGUCAUUGCAUCGGACCUACCAUAAAAACCAAAAAUAUAAUUGAGUGCCUUAAUUAAACUGUGUUGGUGACUGAUGGAAAUGCAGUCCGGAGGGACAGGCCCAGCGUGGGUCUUGGAUUAACCCAUCCUUUGGCUGAGAACAGGAAGGAUGUUCUGAGUGCCGGACAGAACCAGUGCAUGAGUUCAGCACGGAUAUUCAGACUUGGAUUUUAUAUCAGGAAAACUCACAAUUUAGUUUUUUGGGGGCGAGUGGGUGGGGGGUGUCUGGGAUGGGUGUAUUAACAGCAACAAAUUUCACUUGAGCGCAAUUAAAACUAAUCAGACUGGCCAGUUACAGCAUUCAACUGUGAAGUUCUUUCUCAGAAAGGCCUUGGUCACCACAGCGAGGGAUUCAACAGUUAACAGAGGUCACGGGACCUGCUAGCCUGUGUCUCCAGAACAUCCUUGUAGUCGAUGGAAUAAUCUGCAGCUGAGACAAGCAGUCACUAAAAUGUGAUAAGGAAAUAAUUAACAUGUAAAUCCUGUGAAAACAACCAACAAAAUUUAAAGAAAGUAUUUACAGUUACUUUGGAAAUAAAACAAUACUGAAACAUGCUUGCUUUUUAACUGAAGUCAAUCCGGUAGAGGACAACACAAUUCUUUUUUCUAACCAUCUUAGGGAACAAUACAUUGCAAUAAUUGAUAUAAAUGUCAUCACUGUAACAAACUUCAGAGACUUUUUUUAAUGUAAAAGUUGUUGGUCACUUUGUUUCCUGUAACCUUCACUCUGUCACACAAGUUGGUACAUAGAUUGUGUUUGUCUAUCAGGAACAAAAAGAAAAAAGUGAAGAAAAUGUUGACAUGAAGUCAUCCAUCCGCAAUGUAGAAUUAAAAAAAAGACUACGGGUCACUCAUGUUAUCAAUAUAAUUUAUAAUCCUGUUCUGUGUACAAAAUUGUGGUUUUUGUACCCACCCCAAAGAAUAAAACAAGAGUUUUUCUUACAGUAUCUAUCAACAGAACUUAAAUCUUUUCCCUAUGAUUGUGCAAGUUAUUUGAGAAAUUCAAAGACCCCAUGAGAGAUAUAGAAGUCAAGGGAUAGGCCAUGUCAGAAAGUGUAGUUUGUCAUUAUGUCCGCAUACUAUGAUCCCUUCCUUUACAGACCUUGGGUUCAUUUGUUAAUAGAUCAAGUUGUCAAAGAUGGAGACUUUGAGUCUGGGAGCGAGCAGCUGCUCUGACAACAAUACACCUGUGUGGAAAUUUUACUUGACUCUAUUUUGCUGCAUAGACUUCAGUGUCUCUUGGACUAUCAACCUCAUUCCUAUACUUCCAUUUGGAUUCUUUGAAGGCACUGAUAAUUGUUUGGGGUAGACCACAGCUGAAAGCUGAAUGCUUAUUUUUACCCAGAAAUUGUGAAAAAAUUUGUACCAUGUCUAUUUUUAAGAAAACAAAACACUUAUGGUUCAAAAAAUCUGCUUCAUUUGAAAUGAUGAAUAAGUUCAAUGGUACAGAUAAAAAUCACGGACUGAGGAAUCUUUGCAGAAAGCACAAGUUAGGAUGAUUCCUCAAGUGUGGCCUUGAAGGUUGAGUUGAGUUUUCACAGGAGGAGGUGAUGGUAAGAGCCUUUUGUCAGUGCCUGCGUACAGAGCUUGUGCAGCAAGGUGGCCUGGUGAGGGCACAGGGUGUGACACCAUGGAAGCUCUAGCAGAAAUAUGGAGAUUGAUUUCCUUCCCUUUAGCCCUUAUAAUUCUCAUUUAAUAACUGUGCAUCACUGCAAUGUAAUUCAUAUAACACAUGUACACAGUGUCCCUCAAGAAAGGUUAAUUCUCUGUUACUGAGCAAAUGAUUCCUUUCACAAUCUGGGCCCGCCCUGAUAUCUUUUUCUCUUACUCCUACCCAACUUUCUCAGCCAGCAAAUGGACCUCCACAGCACACAGAACACUGCAUCUCCCAUUUCUUCAGUCUGCAGCUCUUCUGUCUUUGCCCAACUGUCACUCAUCCUUCAGCACUCGAUUUUAUUUGUACUGGGAAGAUUUCCAUGAUUAUCCACUAGCUCUGCCUAUGACGCUGAGUUACGUGCCAUUCUUAAUGUUCUUACCCAUCACGGCACUCAUCAUACUGCAUUGUAAUUGCCUAUGUACUUGUCUGUAAACUACUAGACUGUCAGCUCCUUGAGGGCAGGGACUGUGUCUAUCUCGUUCACAGUGUAUCCCCAGCACCCAGCACAGUGCCUGGCAUAUUGUAGGUGCUUAAUAAAUAUUUGUUGAAUGAAA